AUGGUUUCCCUUUGGGGGAGUAACAAGAAGGACAACGGCCAGGCCCCUCAAGAGGAGGACGAAGACAGUCACGCAGCCACCGCAUCCCAUCCUCAAUCCAAUGGACCUUCGGACGAUGCCAAUGAGAGAACACGCCUAUUGCCUCGCCGUGAUCGAGGCCCAGGCUAUCUCAGCCCUGAUGACCCUGCUGUCACACCUUACAACCUCUUCUCCGUGAGAGCCUUACGGUACCUCGAAGUCUUCUUCUUGAUGAUAACCUUCCUAUGGUGGACCCUGCUCUUCAUCUCCAUCUUCGUUAGUCCUCCACGUUUCAAUUCGAGGGGCUCGGGCUUCUUCGACGUCGCUUGGACCACCCUCACCAUUGGCAACAUCCUGACGGCUCUUCUCUUCUUUGCCACUCCAUCCACAGCCAUGAGCAUUCUGAGCAUGGCAAUCUCGGUCAUUCUGUUGAUUGACAUGAUCAUCAUCCUCGCAGUCCCUCGUAUCAGGCUUGAAGAAGGCUGGAUUGGUGUUGCAUCGGUCAUAUGGGCAGCAUUGAUCGGUCUAUAUAAUGUCUUGACCAACAGAACGGUUCAGUGGGGUAAAGCGGAAGAGGAAGUCCGCCUUACCGGUCGCCAGGAGACGCGCCGUUCUCUCCGAGAAUGGUGUGCUGUCUUUACCGCGACCAUCCUUAUGGUCAUCUACGUGAUCAUUGUUGUCUUGCUUACGGCUGUCCUGGUAUUGCGCUCGAGGGACGCUACCCUGCCGGCUCCUGGGACGCGGUAUUUGGUGGAUGGUGACAAGUACGCCGUCCACUUCGCUUGCGUUGGCAACCAGACCUUUGACGCAGACGGUAAGCCGAAACCCACCGUCCUGCUUGAGGGAGGCUACAUGCCUGUGGAGGACAGCUUCGAGGGAUGGGUUUAUGAUGCGUGGAUGAAUGGUACUGUCGACCGUUACUGCUACUGGGAUCGACCUGGGAUUGCAUGGUCGGAUAACGCACCAUCUCCACACUCGGCUGGCAUGUCCGCAGAUGCAAUCUCUGAGGCGCUGGCGAUUGCAGGUGAAGAAGGCCCAUGGAUCCUUGUGUCUGCUGGCAUUGGUAGUGUCUACAGCAGAGUCUUUUCUGCUAGACAUCCACGUGACAUCAGGGGCAUGAUGUUCAUCGAUGGUCUACACGAAGACCUCCUCUACAAAGUCGGCGCACCUGGUCGUGGAUUCAUUCUGUGGGGACGAGGGAUCAUAUCUCCGCUCGGCCUCGACCGCUUGGCGGGAGCUUUGUUCCGGGGUCGCACCAAGGAAGAUCGCGUCUUUGGCAAAUCCUCCUACCAGGGUGGCAAGUUUAUCAAGAACAAGCUGCAGGAAAACCUGGUAGCCGAUUCAUUGACCAAGAACGAGGUUGUCAGCGCCCGCAAUAUCCAAGAUCGCAGCGUGCCUCUUGUUGUGGUCACUUCUGGGGUCCAUUUGAAAAAGGACAAGGAUUGGGAGCGGAAGCAAGACGACUUGACAAAGGUGACAGACAAGUUGAUCGCCUGGGACGUGGUGAAAGGAGCACCUGCAGAAGAGGUGUGGAGGUCAGAGGAAGGACGCAAGAUCCUGGAAAAGCGGCUUGGGCAAUUGUACAAGGGCAAAUGA